UCCUACAACCCGCGGGAGAGGCGGGGUGUGUGGCGGCAGGCCAGGCAGUUGUACUGAUUUUUCUGCUAAUAAGCAGGGGACAGUUCACUCGGUCCCCCCAAGGGGGGGCUGGUACCUUCGUUCUAAAGUUCUCGUUUCCUCGGGGAACAGAAUUGCUAGACGCAAUCGGUGCGUUGUCUUUAGUCUUCCCCGUCCCCUCUGAGGGCCAGAAGGGGUUAAAUCUCAGGCUCCGGCUCCGUGGGAGAAGUUAUAAUUAUUCAAUAUGUUUCCAUUGACUGAGGAAAACAAGUAUGUGGCCCAGUUGUUGUUCAGUACUGGUACAUGUCCAAGAUGUAUCUUCAGAUUCUGUGGUGUGGAUUUUCAUGCACCUUACAAACUUUCCUAUGAGGAGUUGCUCAGUGAACUACAGAAAUUUCUGGAAACUGAAAAAGGUGAAUUAAUUUUGGAAGUUACAAACCCACCUCCCAAGAAAAUUCGACUUGAUGAACUAGAAGAUGGGAUUGAUGAGAUUGAUAAUCUAAGUCAAAAUGGAGAGGGAAGGGUCUCCAUUAUUGAAGAUGGAAGCAUUGCUUCCAAGAACUCAAAUCUAAAUGUAUGCAAUGUAUGCCUAGGAAUUCUUCAAGAAUUCUGUGAAAAAGAGUUCAUUAAAAAGGUAUGCCAAAAGGUUGAGGCCUCUGGAUUUGAAUUCACCAACUUAGUGUUUUCAGUCUCUUUCCCACCACAGCAAUCUGUAAGAGAGCAUGCUGCAUGGUUGCUGGUAAAACAGGAAAUGGGAAAACAGAGUCUGUCACUGGGAAGAAAUGACAUAGUUCAGCUAAAAGAAGCCUACAAAUGGAUAACUCACCCCCUGUUUUCAGAGGAACUGGGUGUUCCCAUUGAUGGAAAGAGCUUGUUUGAAGUGAGUGUGGUCUUUGCUCACCCAGAAACAGUUGAGGAUUGUCACUUCCUACGUGCAACAUGUCCAGAUUGUUUCAAGCCAGCCAAAAACAAACAGUCAGUAUUCACUAGAAUGGCAGUUAUGAAAGCUUUGAAUAAGAUAAAAGAAGAGGAUUUCCGCAAGCAGUUUCCUUGUCCUCCAAACUCACCGAAGGCUCUGUGCACUGUUCUUGAAACCGAAUGUACUCAUGGUGCUGUCUUUGUGGCUGGGAGAUAUAAUAAAUACUCCAGGAGUCUACCACAGACUCCUUGGAUAAUUGAUGGAGAAAGGAAGUUGGAAUCUUCAGUGGAAGAAUUGAUUUCAGAUCCUCUUUUGACAGUGUUCAAAGCAGAGAGUUUUAAUUUUUCAUCCUCUGGAAGAGAAGAUGUGGAUGUGCGAACAUUAGGAAAUGGAAGGCCCUUUGCAAUUGAGCUGGUGAAUCCUCAUAGAGUACAUUUCACUUCACAAGAAAUUAAGGAACUUCAGCAGAAAAUUAAUAGCUCGUCUGACAAAAUUCAAGUACGUGACUUGCAGCUUGUCACAAGAGAGGCAAUAGGACAUAUGAAAGAAGGUGAAGAAGAAAAGACCAAGACCUAUAGUGCCUUAAUAUGGACAAAUAAAGCAAUACAGAAGGAAGACAUUGAAUUCCUAAAUGACAUAAAGGACUUGACAAUCGACCAGAAAACACCUCUGCGGGUCCUUCACCGGAGGCCCCUGGCUGUAAGAACUCGGACCAUUCACUCCAUGGAGACAUGCUACGUGGAUGAGCAUCAUUUCCGCCUCUGUCUGAGGACUCAAGCUGGGACCUACAUUAAAGAGUUUGUACAUGGAGACUUUGGGAGAACCAAGCCGAACAUUGGCACUCUGAUGAAUGUGACUGCAGACAUCCUUGAGCUGGACGUUGAGUCUGUAGAUGUUGACUGGCCUCCUGCUCUGGAUGACUAACUUUCAAAUUUGGAAACAGAGUAGGGUUUUCGUGGCCCGAUGUGGACGUCCAUUCAGCAUACACUGUAAAAUGGCUGUUUACCCACCAUAACGGUGUCUUGGAAACUAUUUGGAUCAUGUUGAUCUAUUUGUUUUUAAACUUGUAACAUCUCAGGAUCCAUAUACAGUAUGUGUCUCAUGUGUGUUGUUAUAUUAUUCUAAGGAUGUCUUAUGAUUUUUCUUGUUGCCUCGCCAGCCCAACAAGCCAAACUGAAUAAUGAAACCAUUCCCUAUCUUGAUUCUUUCAUUUAGAGAGGUACACAAACAAGAUACAUUCUCUGAUAAUCUUAAGAAGCUGUACUUCCUUUCACAAGCAAAACUUCCUUUCACAAGAGAAAUACCAUCUUUAAAAUCAUGUUCUCAAUUUUAAAAUGAUGUUGAUAAGUUAUACCUAUAUUUAUG